AUGGAUAUUUAUCAUGGUUUCAUUAUUUGGAUUCUUAUGGUUACAUUUAAAGGGGUGAGGACAAUUCAUCCAGAAUGUUCUAUAGUACUGCAUCUACAAGAAAAAGAAGCUGAAUGUCGGCUCAAAAUACAAACCAGUUUAAUGCAGUUUUUGUUCAACUCUAAUGAUACUGAUACAGGUUGUCUUAUUGAGUGGGAUGGUGUGAACUGCUGGCCUGCAGUCAGUGUUGGAGAGAGUGUCUCCGUGUCUUGCCCACCUCCUUUCCUGAAGUCCCAUGAGCACAUCAUCACCCGCACCUGCACUAUUCAGGGCUGGAGCAGACAGAGUGUGCCUUAUUACACUGCCUGCUUUCAAGACAACAGCACAGAACAGGAAGACACUGCUGGACAAAGACGAGAGUUUUUCGCCACGGUAAAGUUGAUGUACACAGUUGGCUAUGGAGUGUCCAUUGGCUCUCUCUGCAUUGCAGUCUUCAUCUUCUGUAUCUUUAGGAAGCUGUUGUGUACACGGACCUACAUCCACCUCAACCUCUUCUCUACAUUUAUCCUGAGAGCUCUGGCUGUAUUUGUAAAAGAUGCUGUGUUAUUCGCAGAUGAGACUGUCAAUCACUGUACCGUCUCUACGAUUUUAUGUAAGGCUGCAGUGGCAUUCUUCCAGUACUGCGUGCUAGCAAAUUUCUGUUGGCUACUGGUGGAGGGACUUUAUCUUCACACACUGCUAGUUUUCACCUUUGCCCUCAAGAGGACAUUCUUCUGGUGGUAUACUCUUAUUGGCUGGGGAACUCCAUCUGUCACAGUAAUCAUCUGGACUUUCCUGAAACAUAAAUAUGAAAAUCAGGGGUGCUGGGAUGACUUGGACAGUGGCUACUGGUGGAUAAUCAAAAUUCCCAUUCUGACUUCUGUAUUGGUGAAUUUUUUGGUGUUUGUUAAUAUAAGCAGGAUUAUUGUUGUGAAGACAAAAACCCCAGAAUCAAAUGGAGGAGACAGGCAACUUUACAGACGACUGGCUAAGUCAACUCUUCUGCUCAUCCCUCUUUUCGGAGUUCACUACAUUGUGUUUGCACUGUUUCCCGAGCAUGUGGGUCUGGAGGCGAGGCUCUUCUUUGAACUUGUGCUAGGCUCCUUCCAGGGAUUCGUUGUGGCAUUGUUAUACUGCUUUUUGAACAGUGAGGUUCAGAAUGAGAUAAGCAAAGUGAUUGCAAAAUACAAGUCCCGAACUGAAAACAGCACUUUCCAAAUGGCAACCCAAGACUUCACAGCAUAA